UUGUUUUUACUUUGUUUCUCUAACACCACUCCCACUGUCAAGAGAGUUGAAAUGGACAAUAAGGCCCUGGAACCUGAUUCUGUGAGUAUACCCAUGGAGGAGGUCGUCAUGUGUAAUGGCGGCGGCCAGCCUUUAGCGCCGUCUCAACUCCAGCGGGAGCCGUCCAUCUUAACCCACUUGAAGAAAGUGGAGAACCAGAUCACAGACGCACAGCGUUUCUCACACCUACCCAAGCGGUCAGCCGUGGAUCUGGAGUUUAUCAACGUUUCCUACACUGUCCAAGAGGGGCCGUGCUGGAGGAGGAGAGGUUUCAAAGCUUUAUUGAAGUGCCUCUCUGGGAGGUUCUGCAACAGAGAACUGAUAGGAAUCAUGGGGCCCUCGGGGUCUGGGAAAUCCACUUUAAUGAACAUUCUAGCUGGGUACAGAGAAGCAGGGAUGAAGGGUCAGAUCCUGGUCAAUGGAAAACCCAGGGACCUGAGGACGUUCAGGAAAAUGUCCUGCUACAUCAUGCAGGAGGACUUGCUGUUGCCACACCUCUCUGUCAGAGAGGCCAUGAUGGUAUCGGCCAACUUAAAGCUUAAUGAAACCAUGGGUGUGAAAAAAGAACUGGUGAAUGAGAUUUUGACUGCUUUAGGGCUCGUCGACUGUGCUCACACUCGUACCAGCUCACUGUCAGGCGGUCAGUGCAAGCGUCUGGCCAUCGCGAUGGAACUGGUCAACAACCCUCCGGUCAUGUUCUUUGAUGAGCCGACCAGUGGCUUAGACAGUGUGUCAUGUUACCAAGUGGUGUCCUUAAUGCGUUCCCUGGCUAUGGGCGGACGUACCAUAAUCUGCACCAUUCAUCAACCAAGUGCCAAAUUGUUUGAGAUGUUUGACAAGCUUUACAUUCUCAGUCAGGGUCAGUGCAUCUACAAAGGAGCAGUCCCUUCUCUCAUCCCUUACUUGAAGACUCUUGGCCUGUUCUGUCCCACCUACCACAACCCUGCAGACUUCAUCAUUGAGGUGGCAUCAGGAGAAUAUGGAGACCUAAACCCUGUGUUGUUUGAGGCCGUCCAAGGUGGGAUGUGUGCGUUAGAGGAGAAAAAGAGCCAUUGUGACACCAAUGGCACGUCGGUCUGUACAACAACGUGCUCCAUGAAUGUGGGGAACAUCGAGAGGCAUACUUUUGCCACUAGUACUCUCACGCAGUUCUGUAUCCUCUUCAAGAGAACCUUCAUCACCAUAUGUCGUGAUCAGGUUUUGACUCACCUCAGACUCAUGUCCCACAUCUCCAUAGGUGUGUUAAUUGGUUUGCUCUAUCUGAACAUUGGCAAUGAUGCCAGUAAGGUCUUAAACAACACUGGAUUUCUCUUCUUCUCUAUGCUCUUCAUUAUGUUUGGAGCCCUAAUGCCAACCGUAUUAACCUUUCCUCUGGAGAUGUCUGUGUUCCUUAGGGAGCAUCUUAACUACUGGUACAGCCUGAAAGCCUACUACCUUGCCAAGACCAUGGCCGAUAUCCCUUUCCAGCCUCCUGAGGCCACCCGGUACCUUCUCUUCCUAGCCCUGUCCAUCUCCACAGCCCUCGUAGCCCAGUCUUUGGGCCUUCUGGUUGGUGCAGCCUCCACAUCACUACAGGUAGCCACAUUUGUUGGACCGGUCACUGCCAUCCCAGUGCUGCUCUUCUCUGGAUUCUUUGUGAACUUUGACACAAUCCCCAAUUAUCUGCAAUGGAGCUCCUAUAUAUCCUACGUCAGGUACAGCUUUGAAGGGGUCAUCCUGUCCGUCUAUGGGAUGAACCGCUCUGAGCUGGAUUGUCCAACGAAGGUCUGUAAGUUCCAGCAGCCCGAGGAGGUCCUGCAGCUCCUGGAUGUCGAAGAUGCGAAGCUGCACGUAGAUUUCAUUGUACUGGGCAUGUUCUUUGUGAUCCUAAGACUGGCCACUUACCUCAUCCUGCGCUAUAAGGUCAAGUCUGAGAGAUAGGUUUCCACCGCUUUUCCUCCUAUUGUUCAGAGAAACAUGUCACACGUCACACGUGAGUUUGCCUCAUUUCGUGUUUUUUUUUUCUAAUUGCUGCUAAAUGGACAAAACGCAAAUCUUGAUUUCUGUUUUCCUCCCAGAAACUGUGGGAGAGUCGGUGCAACGCGGUAAGGAUUUGAACUAUGAAUCAGCUUACUGUCUUUACCUCAUCAAGACUUGUGUGUACGUACAAAGAGUCACAUUCAGCAGCAUGUACUGCACCUUUUUUUUUUAUAAGAGAGCAAUGUUUUGAGUGCAGUGCAGACAAGAAUCAGCAUCAGGGUGGACACGCGUGUUAAUUCUAUACUAUGUUGCCAUUCUGUUAGAGUGUUAGGACUUUGGAAUACAAAAGUGCCCCUCUUGAAAAAAUGCAAUACACACAGUGUUUACAUUGCCCUUUAAGCCAAAAAGGGGACAAACUGUUACACAUGAGAAUAAGUGUGACGAUUUGUUCCUUAGAGAGAAAAUGAGUAACAGUUUUUCUCUAAGAAUCACAGGAUUAUUUUUGUACUCCGAGUGAUAAAAAAAGUUAUUUUUUUGUCAUUUGACCGAGGGAUGACAAUGGAGUCCCAGACACUUGUAUCACAAAAUAAAUAAAGUAGUUGCCCGUGCUAGACUGAUAUGUAACAUGUUGAUAGUUAUGAAUUAAGGUUUAAUAUGACAUACCUAGUGAAAUCCAUUGAUGUUUUGUAAGAGACCGUGAUGUAUUCUAAAAUCUUUCAAAUCUUAGUUACCGUAGAGGCUUUUAAUCUUAAGUGUUUCAUAUUGUGCUAAAUGAUCUUUACUAAUCCAUGCGUACACAAAUAUAAUAUAUUUAAACAAUAUAGGUCACAUGCUCUAUGUUUUAUAUUUCUUUUUAUAUCCACAUUACAUAGGUAAUGAUCCAACAUGCUCAUACGGCGAUGUUUGGUGCUAUCUGACGUGUCAUUUUUAAAUGUUACAAAUCUGUAUGCAUUUGUACUGCUGGUUCCAGGCACUGUGCAGGGGUGCAACCAAAGAGAACUUGAUGUUAAAGAAAGCAUGUUCACAUUCUAUUUAGACUGUAAUUGAUUUUUUUUUU